GCGUUACUAAAAAUAGAGUCACUACAUACUGUAACACACAUUGAUGAAAGGUCAUUUGUGUACCUUUUAUCAUGAAUGCAUUCACAAGGGAUCUGAUUGCUUUUCCGAUGAUGUAUAUCUGAUUAUUUACACGAACUUUAUCUUACCGAGGAUAAAGAUUUGUCAUUGGAUAAAUGAUGGCGUCAACACCCAAACGAGCACACAGAGACCCGGUGGUGAGGAAUUUAUGGGCACUGCAGGAACUAGCUUUGAAGCAUGACGUGCCGGAUGAAGUUAAACAACAGAUUGACCUCUGUCUGGAAGUAGUUAACGCACGUGAUGACUACUGUGACAUGAAGUCGUCCUCCGCUAGUGAGCACGUGACAAGCCUAAUUGAACAAACCCAGAACCAUCCUUGGAGCGAUUUACAUAAGGCUGGAACCAUUCCUUUCCUGCAUUCCGGAAUGAUUUCCGGGAAACUAGAAGGAAAUUUUCUGAAGACAAUCAUCAGCUUGAGCAACGCCAAAAAGGUUUUAGAGCUUGGCCUAUUCACCGGAUGUGGUGCUCUAACAAUAGCGGAAGCACUUCCGGCAGACGGCAGCGUAACAUCGUGUGAAAUAGCGCCAUAUGUAAAAGACCUUGCACGUAAAUUCAUGGAUAAGUCGCCUCAUGGAAAGAAAGUAACAAUAAAAAUAGGGUCAGCAUUAGACUCUCUUGCGGAACUUGCUGAUGCUGGAGAAAAAUAUGACAUUAUUUUCAUCGAUGCUGACAAAGACAACUAUCUCAACUAUUACAAGAUAAUCAUGGACAAAGACAUGUUAACAGCCCGGGGGACGAUCCUGGCAGACAACACCCUAUUCCAGGGAGCACCCUACUGCCAUAACCUGAUGUCGGAUAGGGCGAUCAAAUUGGGUCAAAUCAUUCGAGAUUUCAACGACUUUGUAGAAAAAGACGAGAGAGUGUAUCAGGUUUUGGUUCCCAUACGAGACGGCCUAACGAUGAUACGUCGACGUUCAGAUGUGGAGGGAACUUCCUAAAGUGCUUGUGUAACACAGACGUUGAGGGCCUGUCCUGACCUUUCUGUGCAAUUCAAAUGCGGACUAGCUGUCGAUUGUCUGUACAAUUCAAACGUUUAUGAGGGAGCUACCAUCUGUAUAUUUAAAGACUUCGUGUAACACAGACGUGACAGGGGCCAUAGGGACGUGUCAUGAAUUCCCAAUCUCAAUACACGGUCUUUCUAUAUGUAUAAUAGUGAUAACUCCCGAGAAAGGGAAAAUUGAAGACAUUUUAAAAUUCGGUUUUCUGACAUUCCCAUAUUAAAAAGAACUAAUAUUUUGAUUAUAUUCAUUACAGUUCUAAUGUCGAGUCUUGCGUUCAAGUUUUAAAAUUCGCCAAUAUAAACAAAUAAGAAAAUGUAAUGAUUUUGUUAAAAGUGUCAGAUUGUUAAAACACUGAAAUAAAUCUAAAAUUGA